AUGAAGGUAGGUCAAUUAAAAAAAUUUGGGGAAAGUAAAGGACUAGGGAUUAGUUUGGAAGGCACAGUUGAUGUCGAAGAUGGCCAAGAAGUCAGACCUCAUCAUUACAUAAGGUCAAUACUUCCAGAAGGUCCAGUUGGUCAGAAUGGUAAACUUCGAUCUGGAGAUGAACUUCUUGAGGUAAAAAAAGGGUACUCGGAUGAUAUAUACCAGCUGCUCACCAGUGACCAGAAAGAAAAUAUACUGCCUGUUGCAGCUAGUGCCCUUUCAUGUUCCUGCUGGGAACUUCCAAAAAUCAACAAAAAUCACUAA